AUGGCACCAGGGAAAAGACCUAACUUUCUUAUUGCUUUGGCUGAUGACCUAGGCUUUUCGGAUAUUGGGUCAUUCGGUGGUGAAAUAAAUACACCUAACGUUGAUAAACUCGCCAAGAAUGGAAUACGGUUUACAGAUUUCCACGCCGCUGCGGCGUGCUCACCAUCACGAGCUAUGAUCAUGACUGGCACGGAUCACCACAUAGCCGGCCUUGGAAAUCUGAUCGAAUGGACUAACGUCUCUGGUCAGAAUGAUCCCAACGGCACGAUGUCAACAUCAGUCCAGCGUGGUAUGCCCGGUUACGAGGGGUAUCUCAAUGAACGAGUUGCUGCACUGCCUGAGCUACUCCGUGAUGCGGGUUACCUGACUCUCAUGUCAGGUAAAUGGCAUCUAGGGUUGACACCGGAGCGGAGUCCGAAAGCUCGAGGUUUCGAGAGGAGCUUCGCACAUCUACCAGCGUGCAGCAAUCAUUAUGGAUAUGAGCCUCAGUUAGAAGGUAUGGACCAGAUACCAGAGUUCAUGACGAUGAGCUUUAUCGCUCUCCACAGUGAAGACGGCGAGUAUGUGAAGAAACUACCCGAAGGGUGGUACUCUUCUAACGGAUACGGAGACAAGAUGGUACAGUACCUAAAAAAUUGGAAAGAGACCGAGGAUGAGCGACCAUUCUUCGCUUAUCUACCUUUCACUGCCCCUCACUGGCCUCUUCAGGCUCCUCAGGAAUACAUUAAGAAGUACCGUGGUGUAUAUGAUGAUGGUCCUGAUGCUCUCCGUCAAAAACGCCUUCAACGCCUCAAGGAUCUUGGCAUGGUCUCGCAAAACGUCGAGCCCCACCCAGUUGUAGCCAACGAAGUUAAAGAGUGGAAAGAAAUGAGCGACGAAGAGCGAGCUAAUUCAUGUCGAGCGAUGGAAUGCUUCGCCGGUAUGGUUGAGUGUAUCGACGCUAAUGUCGGAAAGGUUGUAGAUUAUCUUGAGGAAAUUGGCGAACUAGAUAACACCUUCAUUUGUUUCCUCUCCGACAAUGGUGCUGAGGGUGCCGCAUACGAAGCUUACCCUAUCGUCCAAAGCACCAUGCUUCAACAUCUGAAGAAAUACUACAAUAAUCACAUAGACAACCUUGGAAAUGGCGACUCAUUCAUCUGGUAUGGUCCACGAUGGGCCCAAGCCGCUACUGCACCCAGCAGAUUAUACAAGGCAUACACAACCGAAGGUGGCGUUCGUGUUCCGUAUUUGAUGAAGCCGCCGGCGAGCUUCAGCGGUCAAUUCGAAGCCGGCAGUAUAACAAACCAGUUUGCGACCGUAAUGGAUCUUGCGCCUACGAUCCUUGAUAUGGCUGGCGUCAAGCACCCGGCGCCAACUUAUCAAGGCCGAGAGGUCGUCUCCAUGAGAGGCAAGUCAAUGGUCCCAUACCUACAAAAGAAGGCGGAGACAAUCCACGAGAAGGACUUUAUCAACGGAUGGGAGACAUGCGGACGAGCAGCCUGCCGCAAGGGCGACUGGAAGAUCGUUUUCAUCCCCAAGCCUAAGGGCCCGGAGCGAUGGCAACUCUACAACCUCGCGAAGGACCCCGGUGAAGUACAUGACCUCGCGGAACAAGAGCCCGAAAGGCUAAAGGAGCUAGUCAAGCUUUGGGACCAAUAUGUUCUAGAAACAGGUGUAAUACCGCUUUCCCCAGACCUAGGAAAUUGGAUGGCCGCUAUGGAGGAGCAAAUGCCCGAGAACGCGUGGAUCGAGUACGAGUACUGGAAAGGGGGUGCUAGGGAUGACCCCGCAAAGUUCACCAAACAAAUCCCUAGGUUCCAGAGGCAGGUUAAGGCAAUUUGA